UGCAGAUGAAUAUACACGGCAAAACAAUCAAAUCGAUUACUUGAGUUUACGUAGUUGUGAAUGGCUCUGAACAACAUGAGGACAUCUGAUUUUCAUGCGUUGUGGCAUAAUCCUUUGAUUAGUGCGCAUUUCUUUCCGAAAAAUGAAUUAAUCGCCUUUAUCCGCAGAAAGAAAUAACGAUAUAUGGCAAGAAACUCUCGGUUUUUAUGUAGAUAUUAUGCGCGUGUUAAGUAAACUGUCGGUAUUUCACACAGAUGACACAUUUAUGGCUGAACUGACAGUUCUUCCGAAAUUUGACUGUCAGCUGAAGUGAAUACAACAAAGAUGCAUCGCUUUUAGAGGAGGUCCCUGGCUUGCAAAGGAUCGAGAUGUCCUCUUCUAAGAGUUGCACGAAGUCGCAUCAAUCAGAUGAAGGUGAUAUUUGUAAAUUGCUGUCCAGGAGGGUCCAGUGGAGACGAAAGGUGACAUUGACCGGAUGCACGUAGCAGAGUGUGCCGUGUGGCUUUGACCAUGAGCCGGCUGAUGUUGGGCCGGACGUUGGAGCGGAUCUGCAAGGCUGUGCUGUUGCUCUGCCUGGUGCACUUCCUUAUAAUGAUGAUCCUGUACUUUGAUGUCUACAGCCAGCGCUUCGACAUCUUCAGCCGCUUCAACAAUGGCCGUGGAGCCAACAGCUCACGAGGACCACACCACUACUAUUAUAAUUUCUCCAGGACCAACACUACCUUUGCAAGCUAUUUAGCCACAGCUGACCAUCUCCUGCCCAGUGCCAAGCCAGAGGCAAACCACACACCACCAACCCCUAAGCCAUUACCACCAUGUCCGGAGGUACCUCCUGGUCUGGUUGGGCGUCUCCUCAUCGAAUUCAGCUCUCUGAUAACCUUGGAGCGGGUGCAGAGAGAGAACCCUAAUGUGACAGAGGGAGGCAAAUACACGCCACCAGACUGUCGGCCUAAGCAAAAAGUGGCCAUCAUCAUCCCAUUCAGGCACAGGGACAACCACCUGAAGUACUGGCUACACUACCUGCACCCUAUCCUGCGCAGACAGAAGAUUGGCUACGGCAUCUAUAUCAUCAACCAGCUUGGGGAGGAAACCUUCAAUCGGGCCAAGCUUCUGAAUGUUGGAUACACAGAAGCUCUGAAAGAUGCAGAAUACGACUGCUUCAUUUUCAGUGAUGUGGACCUGAUCCCGAUGGAUGACCGGAACCUCUACCACUGUUAUGACCAGCCACGCCAUUUCGCAAUUGCCAUGGACAAAUUCGGCUUCAGACUACCCUAUGCAGGGUACUUUGGUGGGGUUUCCGGCCUUAGCAAAAAACAGUUCCUCAAAAUCAACGGCUUCCCAAAUGAGUACUGGGGCUGGGGAGGAGAAGAUGACGAUAUUUACAACAGAAUCACACUAAAUGGGAUGAAAGUGUCUCGGCCUGAUGUGAGAAUCGGACGCUACAGGAUGAUCAAGCACGAGAGGGACAAGCACAAUGAACCAAACCCCCAGAGGUUCAGUAAGAUUCAGAACACCAAGAACACAAUGAGGAAAGAUGGAAUCAGCUCGCUGAUGUACAGAGUGGUUUCUGUGAAGAAGUACCCACUCUAUACCAACAUUUCUGUAGAGAUUGGCAAGCCCCCUCCCAGACCCAUCAAGGGAUAGAAAGCUACUGUGCCAAGUCUUGACCAGUGGUGCCAUGUCCUCUCUACAGUUCAGCAUAUAAAUACACACAUACACAAACUCUGGGUCAUCUUCCUAUGAUUACAGCAGUGAUAUGCUGAACAGGUUAGUUCUCAGGAAUACAGUGGGCCUUGGAAGCUUGAUGUGGACCCAUUGAUGUAGAUUCAAAUCCAGAUCUAGUUAGAGAUGGGCACACAGUGUCUGGAUGAAAAGGAGCGUCAUGAUUAUACUGGCUGUUCUGUUCAGACCUAAAGGAUCAAAACAAGCUCUCAAGGGAGGAUUGUUCAAAUCUGAUUUUGGUGAGUGACAUAUGAACAUUUCUCAGCAAAGAACAGCCUGGCCACUUGAUGUAAAUCAGAACAUAUUGUACUGUACAUUUCAAAAGCGAAUGUGUCUUUGUACCUGCGGUUACAGCAGAGUUCAAAUCUCUUCUUUCAUAUCUCAAAUGUUAAUGGAUCUGAGAUUGAUAAAUUGGUGCUUGAAGGCUCCUUGGAUUAUCUCUCUUGCUUUCUCUAUCCCUCUCUCUUUGAUUUUGUACCGCUUGCACUUUGUUUCUCUCUUGGGACUUUGAUCUAAGCUGAAUUUUGUCAACCAAGAGAAAACAUGCAUUUCUAAGCAUGUAUCCCUCAUUAAGAUGUAGGAUAAUUUCUUCAUGGAGACAAUUGUGUGAUAUGAUUAGACUGGAUCUGGACAAAGCCCAACAAGCACAUGACUGUGUCAGUCAACUUGGUGUAAAUGGAUUGCUGGGGUUGGUCAUCUUCACUGGAUCAGCUGGCUGUUCUAGACAUCUGGAAAAAUGCCAAGAACUUUCACUGGGAAAUAGAGGAGAUAAAGUUACUGAUGAUCAAACCGCUGUAUCAAUCAUCACCUGCUCAACAAAAGACUGCUACAAGCUAUCAUUUAUUUAUCGUUAACUUGCGUUUGCCUCGAAGAUUCAUACUUAGGCUUGUAAUACCAUAGGCUUUUUAAAACUUGGAGGAUGCAGUUGUUGAUCAAAUAAUGUCCAUGUUGUUCAGUCUAGGGGUCUCAUGCUCUUUGGAUGAUGGUAUUUUAGAGAGGUGAUGUUUAAAUAAUGCUUAUACUAAUGAGUGAUGAGUCUCCAAUAUCCAAAAAUAUUCACCAUUUCUGAAACGAUGAACUAACUAAACUCCACUGAGAUUCUUUCCUUUAGAUGCGGUCACACAAGGCUUUGAGCAUGUACUUCAGUUUAGACCAUGCAAUGAAUAUCAGCAACAAAAUAUCUCACAAUCUAGGGCUUUUGAUUUAUAAUUAAUGAAUUAAAAAGAAUAAUAAAAUAUUAUAUAUGUAUAUGUAUGUAAAUAUAAAUUUAUAGAAAUACUUACAUUAAAAAAGAUAUUCUCUGUAUAUCUACCUACUCCAUUUUCCUACUACUCCACUUUCCUUCAACACUUUAAACCAUGCAGCUUUUAAUUUUGUAUUCUUUGCAUUGGGCCAAGAAGAUAAUCAGUGACAUUUACAACCUCUUUUGGUAAAAUGUUUUGCUACAAGAAUUCGCAGGUCAGAAUUCACCAAACUUGAACUUUGGUAUGUAGCGAAAAACUAAAUUUCUUCACAUAUUCAUGCGGUUCUGCUCUCAGCAUUCGAAUAUGUUUGAAUGAAAGUGAACGGAGCACAAAGUCUAGUGUAACCGCACCUUUAGUGAUACUUUGCAAGCCUUUCCAAUUUGUUUUAAUUUGGUCGUUACCUUUACCUUAUAAUUCCUCUUCCUUUCUUCUAUUAUUUUACUGCCUGAAAACACCAAGCUGAUGCCUUCAGUUGUUUUAUGAGGGGUAAAUAUGAAGGGGAGUUCAAGCAAUUCUUUCUCUCUUAUUGGCUUUUCUACUCUGUGUGGACAUUUCUUUUGUGCUACUACCGAUUCUUUCAGCUCAGCACAGAAGUCAUUAAUUGAGAGCCACAAGCCUUUUUUUAAGUACACAUUUUCCACAUCUUUAUUUCUUUCUGCCUUUCAGACUCACCAACACAUGUCAUCUCUGUGCGUGCAUUUGUAUUCUUGUUGCAUUGUCUUAACUGCUGACCCAAGCUGAAAACACUUUUGUCACUUACAUUGCCUUCCUUCAAGAUGUCUUAAGUACUUCACCUCUGUCUCUUGAGUACUGCUACCUGUCGGAUGUAAGUACAUCACUGCAGCCAUCAAUAUUGGAUAACUGUACAUUCACCAUGAGGAAUAAUAAUGAAAUAAUGCCCUGCUUGUUUGCCAAAACAUACCUGACACCAUUUUUCAUCUCCUAUUGAUUUUCCUCUAUUAAUAGCCUUAAAGAUGAAGCAGAGCCCAUAUUCUGAUUUAUUUUUUGAAAGAUGGAAGCCCUUUAAUGUUCAAAGUCCACUGCUUUCGCAUAGUCAAGUAUAUUCAAAAAUAUUCAUUGAUAAUAUUCAGAAAUAUUCCUUCUAGUUGUGGUCUCUAUUUGAAAUGCUGAGAGCAGCGUUGUGGAACUCAGUGUGAAUCUUAAACCUUUAACAUUUGAAUGAUAUUUUUAGCCAAUCUCCAAAUUAAAAAGACAUUUUGCUCAUCCCAGAAUGUCUUUGCAAAAUAAUCUAUUUUAUUCUGUGAGAUGAGAUUUUUUCCUUUAUGAGUUCUUGUAUCAAGGCACAAAUUGAAAAUGGAAUUGCUCUCCAUUUUUGUUUCGAGGCCUCCCACACUGUUGCAUGCUACCAAUUGGGCCUUACCCAGCAUGCAAUGUAAUGACAGUUUUUUUAUUUUAGUGAUACCAUGUGUUUGAAUUUUGUGGAUUCUGUAAAUAUGGUACUUACUAGGAAGGACAAUGAUGAAAUCGAAUCAUCUAUCAUAUUUUGAAUGUUACUCUUGUGAUACAGUCAAGAACUUUAUUUGAAGGGAUGUUCCAGUUUUUAUACAAGUCAUGCUCAGUAUACAACAUCUGUGCCAUAAUGUUGAUUAGCACAAAAUAAAUACUGUAA